AUGGACUCCAGGGACGGAGACCAUGAUCUCUUAAGGCUGGAAGAUGGCACCGAGACCACUAACGGUGCCGAUGGAGCCGUAGACACAUCGGCUCCAGCCGGAGCCGAUUUGGAAGAAAAAGUCUUGGAAGCAUCGGCUCCAGCCGAAGCCGAUGAAGAAGACUGCGACAUAGCAGUAUCGGCUCCAGCCGGAGCCGAUAGCAAACAGUCGAAGAAAAGUACUGUUAAAGGUCAACUGGUUAGGGGGAGUAGGAUGACAUCAGAUGACGAUGAAUAUUUAAAAGAAGUUCACCUACAAAGAAACAUGUUUUUAGAAAGGGGUUACCCCAUUUAUAUGAUUGACGAAGUAACUCAAGAAGUCACUCUGCAUAGAAGGAAUAGAUUUGCCCCUAUUUUAGGAAGAGAUGAUAUCAAUGUACGAACUGAGGAGAUGAAUAGGAAAGACAAUGAUUAUGAGAAUAUAUUUGUUCUUGACUAUAGUGGGGACACAAAGGUUAUUACAGAAGCAUUGAAAGAAGAAUGGGACAGAUUCAGCAAGCUUUCUGUUCUGAGCCCUUUCCUACCAGUAAAAGCAAAGGUGGGUGACAAUGUAAUUCUGAAAUGCAAGGUUCAAUCUACUGUAUCCCUCGAUGAGCUAGAAGUAGAAUGGAAACAAGAAGAUACCAAUGCACAAGUGCAUCUGUACAAAGAUGGAGAAGACAAUAAUGAAAAUCAAUAUCUUCAUUACUGGGGUCGUACUGGACUAUUUUAUAAAGAACUUUCCAAGGGAAACAUCUCCCUGACUAUCAGAAAUGUUUACACACAUGAUCAAGGACAAUAUCAAUGCAAAGUAAAAUCAAAACUUCAGUCUGGAGUUGCUUUUGUAGAACUACGAGUUACAGGUUCUGAUGGUUCUGUCAAUUCUUUCCCAGAAAAUGAAACAUCUUUGAGAUGGAUAAGCUUAAGACAAGGUACGACAUCUCAGACCAUGGUGCAAGAUAUUUUCCUUGUAGUAGUAAUAUGGCUUUUUCUCAAGUUCCUGGUUAAACAUCUUGGCUAUAAAGGUUUUUCUGCUGCUGUUUUUAUGGGCCUUAUUUUAUCAAAAUCUUCGUUUACUUACCUUACAUUGGGAUUAGCAGAAGGAGAUUUUACAUUCCAGACAAAGGCAGCAAUUUCCAUCAUAAUAUUUAUAAUUCUUUGGUACGUGGAGCAGUGGAGGAAAGGAUCAGGUGACAAGAUGUGUCUGAUCGUGACUUAUUGUAUGGUGCUCUCUCUGAGUCUGUGUCUGAGACACUAGCAUUUAGGACUAGCUUUCGCCAAACAUUCUGAUUCUAAAAUGAUGGCAGCAUGCAUUUCAGAUGAGGACCACAGGAGACAGAGACAAUCAUAAAGGACAGUUAUACAAAUAAAGACAAUAGACUUUUAGAACAUACUGAAGAUGUCUCCUUACUUUUACAAAGUUUUUUAUGCACUAUUAUAACCUUCACAGAUAUCCGAGGAUGUCAUAGGAACUUGAAGACAAAUUCAAACAUAUUUAUGUCAGAUGCCCAAGCAAGAAAAGCACUGUAACACUGGUGAAUGAUAACCCAUAUAUGACUUCAUAAAACUUGAUGAUUUUACUUACCUAUGAACAAUUUUUUCCCCAAGCAUUUGUACUCCUUGUUCUGGCACUGACUUUUGCAUCUCAACCUGGACUAAAAUAAGGCCAGUUUACCAGUGCGCUGUUAACAUAGAAUGAAAAUUCAUGAAUGUGAAGUGUGAUUAUUCUGAAACAGAAUUACAAAGAAUGGAUAGUGAUAACAUGCAUAUUUUUGUAAAAGGCUUAGUAAACAGACUUUAUUUUAACAUUUUUCUUCAUAUCACGUCUUCAUCCAGUCAGGAAACAUGGCUGCACUGAAUCUGAUUAUAAUGUUAAGCAACUUGUCAGAAGCUUUGAACUAUUCUGCAACAGCAUUUGGGGCUCAGCACAAACAGUCGUAUAGAUUUCAACUUCAACAUUUGAACUGGUAUUACAUUUUCUGGGCAUAUGGCAUUUACUGUACUUAGUAAACUGGACAAAUACCAAGAAAUACAUGCAGGAGGACAAAAUGAGCACCAAAUUAAAAUAUGCAUAUACUAUUUGGGUGGGUUUCGAUAUACAUAUGUUAAACACAUUAAGAUUACAAUGCAGAGUUGUUAGUUAAAAAAAUAACAAGAAGGAAUGUAGUAAGCUGAAGAUAAUCCAAAAAUAAACACAAGAUGCUGAGUAAAACACUUUAUAAAACGUGAUAAAAUGCAAAGCUUUCGGGAAGAACCCUUUCUCAAUACUAAAUACAUACAUACAAAAAAGCUCCUGCUUAUAUACAAGCCAAACAAUCACAUGAUCGCAGCCAAGAUCAGGUGACAAAGUUAAAAAAACAUAAUACAGAAAUAUAAAAUACAAAAAAAUCAGAAGAUCAAAAGAUCAAAAUAUAAAACAUGAUUGAUGAACAUAAUUUGGUAGUUAUUUCACAUUACGUUGUAGUUUGACUAGAAUAGGUUUAAUGCUGACGGUAUUAUUAAUACCAGGGGGACAAUCAGCCUCCAAACGUACAAUCCAUUGGUAUUCCUUGGUCUCAAGACAAUUAUUGAUAUCACCACCACGUUUCAAAGGAACUACUGAAUCUAUAAGCCCUGAACCUAAACUCAUGUGCAUUACCAUUGGACUCAAUGUGUUUAAAUAGAGCAUUAUUGGCACAAUGUCUCCUAAUUUCUGACUUGUGUUCAAUAAUCCUAUCUUUGAGUCUACGAGUGGUUUUACCAAUGUAGUAAGAAGAACAGGCAAUGCACGUUGCCAUGUACACUACAUUAGUUGAAAUACAAGUAGCUCUGAGACUAAAUUUAUAUGUACGCUUCGUUUUCGGAUGAAUAUACAUAUCAGUAUUUUUUGUUACUAAAUAUACUAAUUUUUCUUUAAUUAUUAAUAAAUUAAUUAUGAAUUAUUGGAAUUUUAUUAAAAGAGACAUUUUUUCAUUGAAAGAUACAAAAUUGAUUAUAUCAUAUAAAAAAGGUAAAAGUAUUCAAGAUUUCCUAGUGCAUAGUAUCUACAAAAAGCCUUAUACUAGUAGUAUAAAUAAUGUGAAAGUUGUAGGCACUUUCCCUUGUGGAAAAUGCUCUAUCUGCAAACAUACAGUGACAGAGGUAGUUAAAAUAAAUGAAAAAAAUUUUACUACAAGAGCUAAAUAUUCAUGCAUGAGUAAGGGUGUUAUCUAUGCUAUAUUUUGUGACUGUAAAAAAUACUACAUUGGGGAAACUAAGAGAAUGCUAGCAGAAAGAAUUAAAGAACAUGUUAGGGAUGUAAAAAAUAACAAAGUUAAUAGUCCCAUUGCUGAGCAUUUUAAUGCUAUACAUAAUGGCAAUAUAAAUGAUAUAAAAGUUUCAAUAUUGGAACAUGUUCCCCUUUAUUAUAAUAAUUUAGAUGGGCAAAAAAAUACACUAAGACAAAAGGAAUCUAUCUUGAUUAUGAAGUAUGGGACCUUGCAACCAUAUGGUAUGAAUAAAGAAUGUAA